AUGGGGGCCGGACUGCUGCUGGGGCCGCUGCUGGGGCGGUCGCGUCACUGCUUGGGGCCGACACCGCCGUGGGGAGAGGGGACAGGGGGCCGCAGCGUCCGGGCCUGUAGCUCCGCGUCCGCCCCGGACGGCCUCGAGGGCCCGGCGCGCCAGCGGUCUUACUGGCGCUACGUGCGGCGCCUGGUGCGGGGAGCGCCCGAGCCGCCGUACCCGCGCGUGUGUCAGGUCGGGGACCCGGCGCUGCGGGCCGUGGCGGCCCCGGUGGAGCCCGCGCAAAUGGCGGGGCCCGAGCUGCAGCGGCUGGUGCAGCGGCUGGUGCAAGUGAUGCGACGCCGGCGCUGCGUAGGCCUGAGCGCUCCGCAGCUCGGGGUGCCGCUACAGGUGUUGGCCCUGGAGUUCCCCGAGGCACUCUUCCGCGCCUGCGCGCCGCGCCUGCGCGAGGCCCGCCAGAUGGAGCCCUUCCCUUUGCGCGUGUUCGUGAACCCCAGCCUGCGGGUGCUGGACAGCCGCCUGGUCACCUUCCCUGAGGGCUGCGAGAGCGUCGUCGGCUUCCUGGCCUGCGUGCCCCGCUUCCAGGCCGUACAGAUCUCAGGGCUGGACCCCAGAGGGGAGCAGGUGGUGUGGCAGGCGAGUGGAUGGGCAGCCCGUAUCAUCCAGCAUGAGAUGGACCAUUUGCAGGGCUGCCUGUUCAUCGACAAAAUGGACAGCAAGACAUUUACAAACAUCCACUGGAUGGAGGUGAAUGAUUAGUUUUCCUGCUGCACCUGAGUAUUCUGGAAACCAAAACACAAACACCUGGGCUCUGAGCUGGGACUGGCUUGCUUGACGGCAACUUGAUAUUGGCUUGGCUCUGACAGAAAACAAUGGAUUGCCAAACCAAACUGGAGAAAUAUGUUCAAAAUGUUUGCCCUGAAACCGGCCAUGGACAAAAUACUGCCUCCAACUUGAGAAGAAAAUAAAUUUCUCCAAAGAG